CUGGAUGGCUUGCCUGGCUCCGGGCUUCAGCCCUGGCCCAGCUCUGGCCACUGGGGGCGUUCAGGGAGUGACCCAGAGGAAGGGACCCCUCUGUCUCUCAUAAACACACACACACACACACAAGCUACAGUAUUUGCGGAUCAGUAACAGGCAGAUGCUGGGAGACUUUUGCAUAUCUUUGUAUAAUAAUAACAGCGAGGGCACAAAGAGCUCUAUUAUUUUUAUCGAAACACAGAGAUGUCUCUAAGAAAGGGGGAUGAACUGAGACCACCUCCCGCUGCUUUGGAACUGGUCUCUCUUCUGUCAUCCCCUACCACGCUGCCUACCUCUCUCGCUCUGUAGGUCCUUGUUGUGUUUUGCCCCGGCCUCCCUUCAAUUGUGUUGUCAUUCAUCUGUCCACAACUAUUCAGUGAGCGCCUGUGACUGAUUGUGGAGCUCUUGGAGACUGGGGCCUGGCUCGUGGUUUGCGUCUGAUCGUCUGAUCGUGCAGCAGGGAGCUAAUGCAUUCCCAUCCACCCUGGGUGCCUCAGUAUUGAGCCUGGAGCCCCCUUCAGCCUCCAACACUGUGAACUGGCUGAGCUGUGCCUUCCUUUCUCGCCCAGCGCUAGGGGGUUGGGGAUGACAAAGGGAUGAGAAAGGUGAACCCAGAGUGGCGGGGGUGGAGGGGGGCUUCUUCUUGGUGACCCAGACACCCAGCCCGUCAGCGUGCCAGUUCUUGCCCGUCUGCUCCAGCCUUGGACCUCAAGGAGGUGGGUGCAGCCCACUCUCCAGCACCCACCUCUGGAGUGGACAGCAAAACGCACUCCACCUUGGAAGCCUGGAGUUCUCAUCCCAGCCCUGCCGCCUUGCUUUCUGCCAGCUGCUGUCCUGCCCCGAGUCCCCGUUUCCCUCCUCGCUAGCCCAGAAGCGUCUCUGAGUUCCCCUCCAGCUCUACCCUGAAAGCUCAACUCCUUCCUCACUUCAGAGAACCCAAGCAUCACUGUGCCCCACCCCUGCUCUGGGUAAACAGGAAGCUGAGGGGGGGAGCCUCGUUGAGCCGGAAAGCCCCAGCCAGGUGUGUGGGUCCACAGGGAGGGGGUGACCCCACCCCGGAGGUAUGAAAGCCCUCGGGUCCUGACCCUGGUUCGGAGUCUGCAUGGGGGCACUGGAGUUGGAGGGCCGGGGUAAGAGGCCCCAGGGGAGGGGCUGCUUCCUGCUGGCUGUGGCAGGGGCCACUUCCCUGGUGACCCUGCUGCUGGCAGUGCCUAUCACCGUCCUGGCUGUGCUGGCCUUGGUGCCGCAGGAGCAGGGAGGACUGGAUUUCAGCAGCUGCCGGAGGAGGAGAAGGAGGAGCCAGAAGCAGAUCUCAGCUCCAGGCUGCCGGCUGCCCACCUCAUAG